AUGUUGUUACAAAUUUUAAACAGACUCGACAAGCUUGAAAAUCAAAAGGAGCUUUUAGGCACCAAAGGUGCAUUAAAUGAUUACUCUGAACCUCAAAAGGGUAAAAAAAGGGAGCCACUAGAAGAAG